UAUCUCUUCCGUCGUAACGUUUUUCGGCAAGACAAUAAUAUAUUCUCUGAUUGCUACGCCAGCGCAACAUAUCAAUUGCUCAAGCCAGGGUGUUUUUUUUGUCACUUUAUAUUAUAAUUGAUAAUUAUUAUAGUGCAAAUUUAUACUGUGGUUUUAUUAGAAAACCGGCCAUAAAAUUUUCUCUUAAAAUAUAAUAUAAUCUAUAUUCUAUAAUAAAAUUUAGAAAAGUUAAAGUUAGUCUCGUUCGAAAUGUUUUACAAAUUCAAUAUAAAUAAAAAACUUUUACUCAUAAAACUGAGUUUUUUUUUCUACGAUUGUGGAAUUGCUCCGAUAAAUCCAUUUUUACCGACUUUAGCUAGACAACGAGGAAUCCCUGUAUUCGUCAUUGGAAUAAUCUUUACGAUUAUGCCUAUUUUCAAUAUAGUUACAAGACCAAUAGCUGGAUAUAUUACCGAUCGUUGGCACUGUCGUAAACAAGUAUUUUUGGGCGCUUCACUGUUGAAUGCUUUUAUCACUCCUCUGAUACACUUCACGCCCGACUUUACCGAUUAUAGAUAUGCCGAAAACUUGGACAUCAUGACGCAUUGGAAAUUUUGGAUUUUUUUUACCACCAUUAUAGCGAGGAUGUUGCUUUGGAUGGUGGGAGAUGUUCUUCAAGAUACGAUCUGUUUGGAAAUGUUGGGUGACAACAAAAAGAGUUAUGGAAGACAACGGGUCUGGGGAGCGAUUGGCUGGGGAAUUUCUACACUAUUGGUCGGCGCGUGUGUGGAUUGGUACAGCGUUGACGCAGAACACAAAAACUACUUGCCAGCGUAUUUGAUCGCUAUGAUAUUCCUUAUCUGUCAUUUUAUUGUUGCAUCUCAGCUUGACAAAAAUCAAACUUGUACAUCUAAAAGCAUGAAUAAUGAUGUCUUAAAAAUAUUAUGUGAUGUUAAAGUCUAUUCAUACCUUGUGUGGGCUGUGUUUGCUGGCAUUUUCACAGCAUACAUUUGGUUUUAUUUAUUUCUGUACAUUGAAGACUUAGCAAACAUUUAUCAUCAAGAACGAUUACCGUGGAUCAAGACUAUACAAGGUUUCUCAGUAACAGUACAAUGUUGUAUAGGGGAAAUUCCAAUUUAUAUCAUGUCAGGAUACAUACUGAAACGCAUUGGACAUAUGACAGCUUUUUCAGUAGCAUUUGCAAUGUUUUCGAUAAAAUUUUUCCUGUAUUCAAUUAUUAAAGAUCCACUUUGGGUAUUGCCAGUAGAGCUGAUCAAUGGUAUAACGUUUGCCUUGGCUUUUGUGGCUGGUAUUUCGUACGCGGCCGAAGUAGCGCCUAGUGGCAGCGCAGGUACUCUACAAGGCCUAUUCGGCAUGGCUUUUCAUGGAAUAGGUAUAUCAUUUGGUUCGUUCACUGCAGGUUACACGUUCGAGCAUAUAGGUAGCUCGGCUUCUUUCAGACUAUUAAGUUACGUGGCGUUUAUUACGUUUCUAGUCCAACUAUUCGUCAGCCAACUAAUAAUGCGAAUGAGUAGACCCACAGAAAACGGUACCUCGGACGAGCGUACAACAAAAGAAAUCGCCACUUGUCCGGAAAACUCACUUGGCUUGGGUUUCACGAACCCAAUACCAGUUACAUCUACCGAUUCCUUUAGUUAACGGAAACAACUUUGAAUCUCUCUGGUAGUUUUUAUAAUUAAAUGACAAAAAUGUAAUUUAUUAUUUUGUAAUAAUUUAAUUUGAUCAUUAAUUGACUAUAAUAUGUUGAAAACAAAUUGUACCUAAAUAAAACAUUAAUUUUUAAUAAUAACAAAAGAUGAUAGUUGUUAUU